GCGGCGCUCCACUGAUGAGGUCAUAACAAAGAUGGCGGCGCUGGGCACGGCGCGUUGCUUGUUCCGCAGCUUUUCUCGGGUUAAAGAUGUGCAGAGGGGCAAGAAAACGUUGCUGAGAUGCGGCGUGCGGACGUUCUGCAGUGAAACAACGUCCGCAGACGAUGCCAAGCCCCGGUUCACAGAUCCAGCUGUGCAGGACAUCCUCGGCAGGAUAACAGGCCUGGACCUGCAGAAAGUCUUCCGUCCCAUUAAACAAGAACUGAAGCCGCCCACCUAUAAGCUUAUGACCGAUGAGCAGCUGCAGCAGGCUGUAGAACUCGCCAAGGAGGAAGCAAGGAAGCAGCUGCAGAUGCCCCCCGUCCUUCCGGAGAGGAAGCCCAUCGACGACGUGCUGGUCGUGGAUAAGAUCCUGGAUGGCAUGGACACGGCCAAAUACGUUUUCACUGACAUCACCUACAACAUCCCACACAGGGAGAGGUUCAUAGUUGUGCGGGAGCCCGAUGGCACUCUUAGGAAGGCGAACUGGGAGGAGAGGGAUCGUCUUGUUCAGGUCUACUUCCCCAGGCAGGGCCGGAAGCUAACGCCGCAUCUCCUCUUCAAAGAAGAGAACCUCAAGACGGUGUUUUCCCAGGACCGUCAUGAGGAUGUGUUAGACCUGUGUCUGGUCCAGUUUGAUCCCGAUUCUUCAGACUACAUAAGAGUGCAUGAGGCCACAUACGAGGACCUGGAAAAAAACGGCAAAUACGAUCUCCUGCGAUCCACCAGACACUUUGGAGGCAUGGCUUGGUACCUGCUCAACACUCGUAGAGUGGAUGGGCUUAUAGUGGACAUGCUGAGGAGAGAGCUGCUACAAGAUGCUAUCAGCCUUGUGUCUCUGUUCCACAUGGUCCAUCCUCACAGCCAGUCAGCUCAGGAAGCUGCCAGCCAACAGGCCUCUGGCACCGACCUCCUGAAGAUCUAUGCUCAGAACGAGUCCCAGAAGUCCGGCUACAUCGAGCUGGCUCUGCAGGCAUACGAAGAGAAAGGUGCUGAAGGCUCAGCUGCCUAAAAUUCCAAGAACCAAACAACCGAAACCUUUGUUUAGCAAAGAAUAUCACCUAGAGGCAGAGUUCAAGUUGUGUUUCAUUUGAAACAUGACUGCUGCGGUUCUGUCCCUGCCUGGGUCCAAGAUGCAUCUUCACCCAAAGGAAAACUUCACACUCAAAAACUCGAUCUGAAGAAUCGUCUUCAAAGCCUUGCUUCAUGUGGAGAGACUUUGUUUGUAUUUCAUUAAGCUCUCUGAAAUUAAACUGAUGUACAUAGUAAAAUAAAAUCUGUCUGUGAGCCUUAAA